AUGAAGCAGCCAACACUGGCCGUCUACGGCGUCGUCAGCGACACUUCGGCGCUCAAGCAGGAGAUUGCCCACCGCGACGCGCAGGUCGAGGAGCUGCAGGAAAAACUGGGACAUGCGCUAAAGGAGCUGUCCGAACAGCGCGCUCAUAUCCGAGUGGUCCAGGGCAGGUCCGGGGAGCUCGCGGCCAUGUUGGGCCGCUUCCAGCGCGCGCUUCGGACAGAGCUGCGGCGUGCCGCGGUGCAAGGCCGCCACGAUGCCCGCCGUCAACUGCACCAGCGGCACUUCGAGCUGGGCCACGUUGUGGCAUGGCAAGGCGGGAUGCGGCAGGUGUGGGUGGAAGGGUCUGUCAUGUGCGGGAUGAUCCGUGAGCUGGAGGAGGUCAGCCGGCGGCGUGACGCCGUGGAGGGGCUCAAGAAAACCGCCCACAACACUGUCAAGCAGCUACUCCGGCAGGAGCGGGAUCGCGAGGAGUCGACGCCGGGGUCUGAGGGCUUCAACGCGCUUAUGGAAGCACAGGAGGAGCUGCAGCUUCGCAGCACCGAGCACGCCGCACUCACCGCAAUGAUCGGCACGAUUCGCCAGCGUCAGGUGGAGCUUGAGAACGAGAAAAAGGCCUUUAUGAAGGAGAUCCGGCGGAUUAACGACGAGGAUGCCUCGGAGUACGCUAGCCGCACAGCGCUCGGCGAUGGGGAGCGCUAUAUCUUGAUGGAUUUGCUUGGUAAAGGAGGAUUUUCAGAGGUCUGGCGAGCGUUUGAUCUGGCAGAUGGGCGCUACGUGGCGUGCAAAAUUCAUCACGUCAAUCGCGAUUGGCCGAUGGCAACGCGUCUGAAUUACCGCCGCCGUGCUGAACGGGAGCUGGAGAUUAUGCGGGUUUUGGAUCAUCCGCGUCUUACGCGACUUUACGAUGUUUUCCCCUUAAGCGAUGCAGCGUUGGUUUCUGUGAUGGAGUACAGCGCAGGGAUGGAUCUGGAUACCUAUCUGAAACGCUAUCAGCAGCUGCGUGAGGGUGACGCGCGACUGAUUUUACUGCAGAUGAUCGCCGCGCUGCGGUAUCUUGCAGGGUUGCCGAGCCCAGUGAUUCAUUACGACUUAAAACCAGCCAAUAUUUUAUUACAUUCAGCUGAUCCCGGCGUGCUGGAUGUGAAGAUUACCGACUUUGGGCUAUCGAAAAUUAUCGCAGAAACGCGAGAGGGGCCGAGUGAUAAUCCGAGUAUUGAACUCACCUCGCAGGGUACGGGGACUUAUUGGUAUCUCCCACCAGAGUGUUUUGAUACCUCUUCAACCCCGCGCAUUAGCAAUAAAGUCGACGUUUGGUCUGUGGGGGUAAUCUUUUAUCAGAUGCUCUUCGGUCGCCGCCCUUUUGCCGAAGGCGAAUCGCAGCGAAAGAUCUGGCAGGAGAAGCUUAUUAUUGAAUCUGCGCGUGAGCUGAGCUUCCCGGAAAGCCCGAAGGUUAGUGAAGAGGCGAAGGAGCUUAUAACGAAUUGCUUAGCGUUUAACGUAGGCGAACGGUAUGACGUUUUUCAGCUUAGUCAGCAUCCGUAUUUAUUUCGAACGGGAAGGCGGAGCGUGAAGCUAAAGAGCGCUUUUAAUAGCGCAGUGUCGGUAGGUUCGACUCCAACUCAAUACACGUCAAAUAAAGAAAGAAUGGAAGCUGCAAAAUAA